GUCCAGCUGUUAAGGAAAUGGCGGCCGCAGCGAUGGCAGGGGCUGCCGGUCCUCCGCAUCUGACGGAGGCUAAAAAGCUGGAGUAUUUCUCCUCCAUAAACUCGAUGGCUCGUAAGAUUAUGCAGGAGAGGGAGAAGAUAAAGGAGACGUACGGCUCGGCUUGGAGUCAAAUGAGUCCGGUCGAGCAGGACGCGGCGAUUGACAACGGGAUGAUGGAUCCGCGGAUCCGGGCUCGGUACGCCAUGCACCGGGUGGACCGAGACGAGGUGAUCUGCUACCCGAAACUGCUCAUCCAGACCGGACAGAAGAUCGUACACUUCGGAGAAGAGGAUUUAACUUGGCAAGAUGAGCACUCAGCACCCUUCUCUUGGGAGACUAAAAGUCAGAUGGAAUUCAGUAUCUCCAAUAUGACUGAACCAUUCAUUCCCCCCUCGGUGACUGAACCCAAACCCAAAACAUCUCAAACCACCAAGCUGCCCAGCAACGACGAGUCCUCCUUCUGGAAGAUCAGUGCCGAACGCUCAAGACUCGAGGGCGAGAAAGCCGAAUUUCCCUCUCUGACGCCCAGUCAGAUCAAGUCUUUAGAGAAAGGAGAGAAGCCGUUGCCUUCGUACCUGAGGUCAGAGUCUGGGUCGAGGGAUACGGAGGAAGCUCCUGUUUCAAGGCCAGUCAAACAGAGAGGCCCCAAACCUCCAGCACCACCUCCGCCGCCCCCCGUUCCCAUCAGCGUGACCCCUGUGGCCAUCAGUGUGACCCCAACUCCUCCAGCUCCAGUGUCUUCGUUGGAGGAAGGCUGGGAAAGAGCCCAAAGCACGCUUCCUUCAGUAAGCAGCACCACGGAUGAGGUGUUCAGUCCUGGUCUGGUCACGAGGUCUUCCUCUCAAUCCAACAGCACAGUUAAAGAUGGGGAAAAGGCAGAAGCCUCACCCGCCUCCAGUCCAACCUUCUCACAGUUCAACACAAGCAGCUCUAUCCUGAAGACUGGAUUUGACUUCUUGGACAACUGGUAACUCGAAAAACCUUGCAGAAGCUAUUCCAGAUCCUUGGACCUACAUGCGCGACAAACUCAACGCUACAGGACACCUCCCUUUUUUAAAAAAAAAAUGCUUCAGUAGUUUAUUUAUAGAGCAUUGAUAUCACUAUGAUUGUAUUAAAAUCUUCAUCAAUCUGAACUCAUCUCACUGGUUAGAUGAUACUGAACGCAUGAGCUAUGAUGCAAUGAUCCGAGCAUACGUCUAUCCUUGUUUCUUAUGCUGUUUUCACACAAGGUACAAUUCUUUAAAUCAGAGGCCAUUGCUGUUAAUACCAUGUUGGUCUGCUCUCCAACUUUUACGUUGUUUAGAUCUACACUACAUUCCUUGAUCAUCAACAUUAGAAACACAAAUAGUUUAUCAUUGUAGCAAGUCUUGAAGUUGCAAAACAUUGUUUUGAUUUUGUUUGGUGUUCGGCACAAUACACUUAAUCAAUACCAGCCCACUUCUGCAUCGCAUUGACAAAGACCACAGACUUGAACUGUGGUCCACAUUUCACCAAACCACAAACUAAAAUCACUUUUGGAUCUCCAGUUUAACUCUUUUAUGCAUAGUUGCAGAACUUUGGAAGACUCAUUAGCCAAACAAUUUGAAUGCUACAUUGCUUUCACUGCCAUAUGUUUCUAUCUAUAUUUAUCUAGACCUCGAUACUUGUGUUAAGAUGCUUCACUGUACAUUUAUUAAAAUAAGGACCUGAAUAAGGCAACGUAGCGCUGGCAUGGUUUUGAGACGAUCGCACCUUGCUUGUUUUGUAGACUUUUUAUAUAUGCGUGUCAUUGUAUGCUUUGAAGUGAAAUAUUUACUUUUCUCCUAAAUGCGGUCUGUUGUCUCGUUCCUGUAGCUCGGUACACUAGGGGUGAGCUAAUAAUUUAAAGCAAUAGGUCAAGUCCAUAUUCUUUGUUAGGCUCGAAACACACUCCACACGUGCAGAUGCAACGUUUUAGGCCAAUUUUAUACUCUUUCGUAUUUUCAUUUAUAGCUAUCGCCGUACCUUAAUGCAAACCCUGAUGCUCACCUCUAAAAAAUGUAACUACACGUUGAGAUGAUUCGGAUCGCAAGAUCUGUGAUUGGUCAGCUAGGUAAAUGGUGACAGAUGGGCUGUGGAAGUGUCUAGCAAGUUUCGAGUCCAGCAGAAGAGCUCUGGAUGGAUACUUUUGUGCUUAUUUUAUGAUCAAAGUUGUUGAAUGUCUCUUUUUACCCUGAAUGAGUUUAACUUUGAGGUACGUCUACAGCAGGAUCGCAUGAUUUCCAUUAUACAUCCAUACACCGGCUAAGAAACUAUGCACUGUGGAUCCUACAAACCCUACUGCCUACAAGUGUUUUGAAAGUGUUAUUGCUGAGCAGCACAGACAGAAUGCAGAAGUACAAACUGUCAAAACUACAUCAUGGGAUCACUUGUUCAGGCUUUGUUAUUGCAAUGUGUUAAUUGUAGUACACAGGUCUCAAACUCAAUUCCUGGAGUGCUGCAGCUCUGCAGAGUUUUACUCCAACCCUAAUCAAACACUGCUGAUCCAACUAAUUAAGGUGUUAAAGACUACUAGAGAAUAUUAAGCAGGUGUGAGUUGCAGGUGGGGCUACACGGGUAGCACAUUCGCCUCACAGCAAGAUGGUUGCUGGUUAGAGCCUCGGCUGGGUUAGUUGGUGCUUCUGUGUGGAGUUUGCAUGUUCUCCCCGUGUUGGUGUGGGUUUUCUUCCGGGUGCUCUGGUUUCCCCCACAAGUCCAAAGACAUGCGAUACAGGUGAAUUGGGUAGGCUAAAUCGUCCAUAGUGUAUGUGUGUAAAUGAGUGUGAAUGGAUGUUUCCCAGUAAUGAGUUGCAGCUGAAAGGGCAUCCGCUGCGUGAAACAAGUGCUGGAUAAGUUGGUGGUCCAUUGCGCUGUGGUGACCCCAGAUUAAUAAAGGGACUAAGCUGAAAAGAAAAUAAAUAAAUGAGUUGCAGGUGGUUGGAGCUAAACUAUGUAGAGCUGUGGCCCUCCAGGAAUUGAGUUGGAGACCAUUGUUGUACAUUGGUGGCAUAGACUGAACAACGAUGGCGGCAGCGUCUCCACUUUCUUUCACUAGAAAUGUGAAACCAAAAUAUCCCCAAAAAUGGGUGUGGACAUUUUGCGCUCAUGUCAUUUGGAGCCAGAGUCUACUAAGCAGAAAUCACGAAGUAGACAUGCAGUAUUUAGAUACCGGCCAUAUUCCUACAGGCUUGUAUAGUUAAUUAAAAAGAAUUAGCACUACCAGCUAACGGUAAUCCACUUUUUCCCCCAAAAACACUAGAGUUUAUGACCUAUCCUGUUAUUAUUUAAAAUUAUUUUGGCUUCUUUUUUUUUUUUUUUUGGCAUGCAUGCAUGGGCAACUAGUCUUGCGUAUAUUGCAGUUUUCAUUUGCCAAGAACCAUCCAGAGGCCAUCUGAUUAUGGAAGGCAACCAACCACAGUUAGUUUUGUUUAGCAUCAGGUAUAGGGCCAUGAAAAUGGAAAAUCAGUGUCCUUACUAUAACUGACUGACAUGUCUCAAUUAGUUGAUUAUAAGCAAUGUUGUAGUUUUAAACAUUACUUUUUUCUUUCAUAUGAGGGGUUUGUCGUCAUGGCGCCUUUAUUUUCAGACAGACAUUUAAAAUAAGAUAUAGGUCUCCUGGAAAUCUUGCAAAAUUCACCAUUUUGAUGAUGAUGACUCUGAAACAUUGAAAGUUUUUCCAAUUUUGAGUGCCCUAUAUGCAUCUAACCAAUGCCCAGACUAUUCUUCAUUUUUUACGUGCACGCCACCGUAGCCACAAACACAAUGCCUUUCAGCGUAUACUUUAUUUCACAUGAUCUUGCAAUAUUCUUGUGGCAAAAAGAGGUGUGUGCAUAAUCACUUGCCAACAUGAAGCUCUUUGUGUAUUUUAGGCUCAAGUUUCAUUCUAAUCUCUUUCCACAAUAUCUUCUCUAUGCAAGUUGUAUGCUGUAGCUUGCAUGCGUUUCAGUCUGUUCCACUUAGGGGUCGUUCACAUAUUGCCCCUAAAAGUUUUAUUCAUCUGUUUUAAAAUCACUCAGAGCUUGUGGUGAUGUAGCAUCUGUCUUUGCUAAGCAACUAUCAACCGAACUCUCAGAGGAUUCAUUACUGACAAACUCUUGCUAAAGCACUGAUACAAGUUUUUUUUACCUCAUCAUAUCUAUAAACUCUACAGCUAUUAAUGAAAUCUGUAUAAUCUAUACAAAGUGCGAAGCUGAUUGGUUGGUUCUUGUCACAUGGCAUACUAAGAAGUUGAGAUGUUUUCAUCUCGCUGUGAUUUAGACGCAACAAAACAAAUGCGGCUCACCACAUCACUCCUUACUUGUGCGCACAUUUGAAUGGACGAACUUUUGCAUGCUAUGUGAAUGCCCCCUUUUGCAGUUUAGCUUUAGAUACUUGUGAAUCAACUCCAUCUUAUGGAUAAACUAAUUUAUUUAAAAAUGUAAAUGUUAUUAGGCCUGCAUGAUAACUUGAAAUUAAAUCGCAAUCACUAUUAAGCAAAGGCUGUGAUUGUCAUGCACAUCUUGUCAGGGAAGCACGGUUCUGUGAUCAGUAGUAAAUCUCUGAAGGGCAAGAGGGAACUCUUGUGCAGAAAUGCCAAACACACCAUGAAAAAGUAACCCAGGAAAUCCUGGUUGCUGAAUAAACUGAAGAUUUAACUGCUUUCAUUGAUUCAACAUGAACCAAACUUAUUCCUGGAGGGCCGGUAUCCUGCAGAGUUUAAUGCCAAGCGUAAUAAAAUACACUUAAACAAGCUAAUCAAGGUCUUGAAACCUCCGGGCAAGUGUGUGGAGGCAAGUUGUAGCAGAGACACUGGCCCUCCAGGACUGAGAUUGGUGACCCCUGACAUGACUGAAAGCUGGUUUAUACUUGUCUCGAGUGAUCGGCGUGACCAACAGAGCCUGCCUUGCGCCUAGUCAUGCAUUUAUACUUCUGCGUGUUGUUUGUGUUGCUUUGCAAUAACAUACUGCCAGCUAUUGUUUUGGAAGGGUUUUUAUACCUCUGUGUUGAGUUUCUUGCGGGUGUUUUGUUUUUUCUGAACGCUACCUUAAUGUAGAAGUAGCUAAAUCUUGCUCAUUCAGAUGCAGGAACAACUUUAAUCAUAAGGUAAACACAAAACAACAGUUUUCAUCUGGAGCUUCUUCACAGGAAUCCACACUUGUAAACACUUGCUCCAAUGGGUUCGCACAGCUCUUGUUCGCCCACAUUGGACACAAGCUGAGCAAUAACAAAGCUUGUGCUGCGAGUCGUUGUGACUUGUAGUUAAAUUUUUUGAGAGUUGUACGUCAGCGUCAGCCAUGGCGAGUGCUAUGCUACCGCACGAAGGCUGUGCCGGAGCUUACGCGUGCGCUUGACAUAUAAAUCAGCCUUAAUAAACAUGACUGCAGUCUUCUAACAAUAGGAUUCAUGUCAAACACCCGAUUAAAGUGAGAUAAUGCUCCUCUAUGAACCAGUUUUACUGAGAAAAUACGCAUGACAGUCACCUUCUAUUAAAUUCUACAACCCUACUGUUAUGAUUUUACAUAACUACAAAAGCCUGCCCCAUAUAAGCUAUUCUAUACUAAAGACAAAAUUCACAUUGUGCACACUGUACACUAACCCUCACAGACACGUAAAAUGUGGAGUAUACUUUGGGCUUCAUUGAUUGAUUGGUGGUAACAAACUGUUAAAGGGAUGAUGGAGUAACCAUCUGCACCAUUAAAACAAGUAGCUAUUAUUCAGGUCGACAGUUGAACUAGAGUUUGAUGUAAGAAAAUGGAACAACGUGCCAAAUCGAGACACUUUUGCGUUCAUUAUAUUGUAUAAUUCAGAGCUCAACAAACUAGAGUUCAGGGAAGGACUUAUUUAUGAAGUUUUGUUAUGAGUUGUUUUUUAAAAUAUAAAAUAUGUGGCCUGGUGCCAGUGUUUAUGCAUUCAUAUAUCUGUAAUGCAAGAUAAGUACAAUAAAAGACGCACACUAA